GAUAAAACUAAUCUGUGCCUCCUCUACUUUGACCGAGGCGCGAUUAAAUGUUUGUUUAUUUCGGAGAAACUCAUGAAUGACGGCAAUUUUAAAAUGUUUACGCCAUGCCCAAAUCGCCUUACAACGUUGCUACUGCGCUAAUACUGGAAAAAACAUAGAAAUGAAGUUCCUCAAUGUAGCCGAGAAAAACGACGCCGCUAAAACGAUUUCCGGACUCCUGUCGAAUGGAACAGCACGGCGGCGUGAGGGUUACUCUGUGUACAACAAGGUGUAUGACUUUGAGGCGGUUGUGCGCGGCAGCAACUCUAAGAUGGUGAUGACAUCCGUUUCCGGCCAUCUGAUGCAACUAGAGUUCUUGGUUUCCUUUCGUAAUUGGCGCAAUGUCGAUCCCGGCUCUCUUUUUGAUGCUCCUGUGCGGAAGUCUGUCGGUAAGGACUACGAGCCAAUAAAGCGCACACUGGAACGCGAGGUACGCGGUUGUCAGGGUCUAAUUAUCUGGACGGAUUGCGAUCGAGAAGGCGAGAACAUCGGGUACGAGAUCAUUGACGUCUGUCGUGCCAUCAAACCCAAUAUUACAGUAUACCGAGCUAAUUUCUCGGAAAUUACGACGGUAGCAGUUCGCAGAGCACUGCAACAGCUUGGUCAGCCAGACAAGCGCCAGAGCGAUGCGGUGGACGUACGCUCAGAGCUCGAUCUUCGCACGGGUGCCGCCAUCACUCGGUUCCAGACCAUGCGAUUUCAACGUCUGUUUCCUGCGAAGAUUGCCGACAAGCUCAUCUCUUAUGGAAGUUGCCAGAUCCCCACUCUAGGAUUCGUGGCAGAGCGGUACAAGGAGGUUGAGGCCUUCGUUUCGGAACCAUUCUGGAAAGUUAAAGUGAUUCAUACAAUCGACGACCUAACCGUCGAGUUUAAUUGGGCGAGAAACAGGCUCUUUGACAAGGAGGCCUGUGAAAACUACUUGCUGCUCUGUCUAGAGGUGCCCGCUCCGCGUGCACUUGUGGAGAGUGUAACCGUGAAGCCAAAGCACAAAUGGCGACCCACACCUAUGGACACAGUGGAAAUGGAGAAACUGGGCUCACGAAAACUGAAACUUUCUGCAAAGGAAACUAUGACAAUAGCCGAGAAGUUGUAUAGCAAGGGUUUUAUUAGCUAUCCCCGUACAGAGACGAAUCAGUUUUCCAAGGAGUUUGAGCUUCUGCCGCUUGUUGAAAUGCAAACGGGUAACGCUGCAUGGGGACCCUUUGCCCAGCGAGUGGUGGAGUGGGGUCCGAAUCCCCGAAAUGGGAACAAAUCCGAUCAGGCGCAUCCUCCCAUUCAUCCCACCAAGGCUGCAGAUAAUCUUCAGGGAAACGAGGCUCGUGUUUACGAACUGGUUGUCCGACACUUUCUUGCCUGUGUCAGUAAAGACGCUGUUGGUUCUGAAACUCUAGUAAACAUUGACAUUGCCGGGGAGAAGUUUACGGCCAACGGGCUAGUGAUCCAUGAACGAAACUACCUGGACGUUUAUGUGUACGACAAGUGGAGCGCCAAGCAAAUUCAUCACUACGAGCGAAAUCAGCGCUUUGAACCGACGGAGGUGUCACUUCAUGAAGGCGCCACAACUGCUCCGCCUCUGCUGACGGAAGCCGACCUUAUCGCUCUGAUGGAGAAGCAUGGAAUCGGAACGGAUGCGACACAUGCAGAGCAUAUCAACACUAUUAAGGAGCGUGGUUACAUCGGAAUGGUAGACAAGGGUGCCUUAGUACCAGGUGUGAUCGGCAUGGGUCUUUACGAAGGCUAUGGUGCCAUGGAAUUGGCUCUAGCCAAGCCUCAGCUAAGAGCGGAAUUCGAGCUGGACCUCAAACUCAUUUGCCAAGGGCAAAAGGACCCAAAGGCAGUGCUCGCCGAUCAAAUUACCAAAUAUAAGCAAUCAUAUCAGCAAAUCACCGACAAGAUUACCGCAAUGGAUGCCAAAAUUGCUGCACGUAUUAAUGAGAUGCCAGCAGAAAAUACUUCAGGUCAAGAAGGAGCCCAGGGCAGUGAACAGAACCAGCCUGCGAUGCAGACGCUGUUUCAGUGCCCCAAGUGCAACGUGGCUCCGCUUGCUCUAAAGGCCAAAAAGAACCAGCAAGGCUGGUACAUUGGCUGCACAAACUUUCCAGAUUGCAAAAACGCUGUUUGGCUACCCUCAGAGUGCAAAGAUGUGACGGUGACGAAUGAAUCCUGCUCCAGAUGUGGGGACAGUCACCGCUUGCUAAAAUUCCGCUUUAGCACGCCCUAUUAUCGCGGAGUCUUCAACACGCCCCAUGGCUGGUACAAGACAUGCCUGCCCUGCGACAAUCUCUUUCGGUCGACAUUUAACAUCAAUUUGGAAUCUGUAAAGCGUGUGGGCGGUAUUGUAGAUGAGGCAAGAGGCGGUGGUGAUAGCUGGGGACCGGGACCUGGUGGUGGUGGAGGAGGAGGAAGUGGAAGGGGACCUGGGGGUGGUGGAGGAGGGAGUGGAUCGGACGGAAGACCUGGCGGAGGUGGAGGAAGCCGAAAUCUUGGCUCUGGAGGUGGUUUAACCUGGGGUUCUGAAGGAAGUAACGAUGUGAAUCCUACACGGAAAGGAAAAAAACCUGGAACUGGAGAAACCAAACCCAAGAAACCACCAAGCGAACCAAAACCAAAAAAGGCAUCUAAAAGCUCCGAAAAUAAAAACACGAACAGUAAAUCAGCAAAGACUAUUCGAAACUACUUCAGUGCUGCAUCAAGCUCACCUGCAAACGAGUUGGACGGAUUCUUCGAUAGUAAUGAUGGUUUUGAAGAGGCCAUGUUGAUUGCUGCCGACACACUGGACGCGGAUCGAGUGCAAUCGCAAUCCUCAAACGUGGUUGAACUGGAUGAUGAUAUAGCCGCUGCCUUUGCUGCAGACGAUGAUGCUGAGUUUGAGGCUUUAGUAAAUGGAGGGAACAGAGAUGAAGACCAACUGGAUAUGAGUCUUUCUGCCUGGGUGAAAGAGCAGGAUGAUGCCAACGAGCGUCCCAUGGUGUGGGGAAGUCGAGCACGGGCAUCCUCCAAUGUGGCUUCUACACCUCCACCAAAACCAGCCCCCAAGCGAGCGAAAUGGGACAGUACAGAUUGGGAUGUUCCUUCCUCGUCAGCUCCGAUGUCAGAAUCACCAUCGGUGCUGUGCACUGGAUGUCAACAGGCAGCUAUUCAACUUACCGUUCGUCGCGAUGGGCCCAAUAAAGGCAGGCAAUUUUAUAAAUGUCCCAAGCCCGACGAGUGCAAGUUCUUUCAGUGGGCUGAUGAGCAGCCUGCUGCUCCUAAGCACAACAGCAACAAUUCUUCCUCGUCUACCUCAUCGUCUUCUUGGGGAACCAACCGUGUGACCACACUGUCUAGCCACUCACAAAACAGCUCUUCCCAGUAUCGUAACCAAGGCUCAAUGCGUUCCAAUUCGAGCAGCACAGUCACAAUAACUAAAACAAAAACCACAACUACAAAUACUCCAUCCCAUGAUGGAGAGGAAGUCAAGUGUAAUUGCGGACAACUGGCCAGUAGGCUGAUUGUUCGCAAAGAUGGACCCAACCAGGGCCGGCCUUUCUUCGGUUGCCCCACACGGGAAUCAUCUUGUGGUUUCUUUAAGUGGGACGACGAAAAUCCAAAUCAAGGUGGAGCUAGCAGUGGUUACUCAUGGGGAAGUGGCAAUCGAAAUGUUCCUUCCAAAGCUACAAACAAAUCCGAAGGAUCCAAAUCCCGAAAGUGUGGGCUUUGUCGCCAAGAAGGACAUACACGCAGCAAGUGUCCCCGUAAGAAUGAUUUUGAUAUGUAGAUAGUAUCUGCAUUACUAUGUAGAGAUACAGAUACUUGUAUUUAUGUAAAUAAAGUGUAAAAAACAAAAAGAUUAAUUAAAAAUUGGAAAAAAUAA